AUGACUGUCGACGCGGAAAAGGACCCGGUGCAGGAAACCGGCUCUGUGAAGGAUGCGCCAAGCUCUCCUUCUACUGUUGCCCAUGAUAAUGGCCCUGUACCGGCGGAGCCGGUCGUUGCCUUUAAAACAUGGAUUGUCGCUUCGAUUCUCUCGUGCGGAUAUGGCCUUUCCUUCUGGCCUGUUCCCGUCGCAGCUGCCAUUGGCACUAUGGUCUCCGCAGAUAUGGGCGAUCCGACGGGGUAUAUUUGGUUUGUUCCUGCAUGGACUAUCUCGAUCACCUGUGCUUUCUUGAUCUUUGGCCCCAACACUGAUCUUCUGGGUCGACGAUGGUUCUUGGUCCUGGGCAACUUGGUAUGUUUCGUCGGUCACAUUGUGGUAGCUUCAGCCAAAACCACAAACCAAGUCAUUGCAGGCCUUGUCAUCUCCGGCUUUGGCGGUGCUAACUGUCAGAUGGCAGCAUUCGCCUUACCAGAGCUCCUCCCAAACAAAUGGAGACACAUCGGCGUCGUGAUAGCCGAUUUCACUGUCUACAUCGCCGUCAUCGUAGCGCCAGUGACGGCAAGAUACGGCUACGAAAUGGGCAAUUGGACCUGGAACUUCUGGGGUGUGGCCAUCUUCCAAGGUCUAUCCUUCUUCGGACUUCUAUUUCUCUACCACCCCCCAAAGCACCCCCUCGGAAUCCCAUACAAAGAAGCCCUCAAAAACCUCGACUACCUCGGCGCCUUCCUCUUCAUCGGCGGCGCAGUCCCCUUCCUAAUGGGCAUCGUCUGGGCAGGCGUCUACGACUCAAACGACGCACAUGUUGUAGCACCGCUGGUAAUCGGCGCCUUUGUCCUGAUCUGCUUCGCGCUGUGGGAAACCUUCGGCAAGCUGAAAUACCCACUGACGCCAACAUACAUCUUCUCCAGUUCCUGGGGUCGGGAUUUCACCGCGCCAGUCAUUGCAUUGGGCGUUGUCAACAUGUUCUACUACUCGUCCAGUAUUCUCUGGCCGCAGAUGAUAACCGCCUUCUAUACGAAUGGCGGCGCAGACUGGAAGUAUUCAGUCAUUCUGUCUCUGCCGCAGGGUUUUGCUAUUUUCUUCGGUGCAAUCUUGCUUACGCUUUUCGGCAGCAGAUUAAGACAUUGGCAGUGGCAGCUUACAGGGUCUGUUUUUGUCAUGGUUGUUUUCGGCUCGUUGCUUGGUCUUGUUACUCCUACGAACAAGGGGACCAUGAUUGCGUUUAUUUUCCUCUCGCAGGCUGGGUUUGGGUGGGCGAUUUAUUUGAGUAUUGCUAUUACGCAAAUGGGCGUUGAGCAUAAGAAUUUGGGUGUUAGUGGUGGGAUCUCAGGGUGUAUUCGAUUUGCUGCCGGUGCUGUUGCGACUUCCAUCUAUCAGACUGUCUACAGCAACUCCCUCAGCAAGUAUACAGCCAUUUACGUCCCCUCUGCUGCCAUUUCUGCCGGUCUGCCCGAGUCCAAGACUGCAGAUAUUGUUGCAGCAGUGGUUCAAGGCGCAUCUGCCUUGAAAUCUUAUAGUCCUGCCGUCGCUGCUGCUGCAGAGGCAGCCCUCAGCCAAGCCUAUUGCAAGGCUAUGUUCAUCGUUGCAAUGGUCUCAAUGGCCUUUGGUAUCUUGGGUCUUGGAGCUUGUCUCUGCUGCAAGGAUGUCGAUUCGAAGAUGACCAACAAGAUCGAGGUUUACCUCGAGAACACAGAUCUUUCGGACCGGAACAAAUUCCAUUAG